GCUCAUUAUGGAGAGUGGAGAGUGACAGGCCACUCCCGGCCACGUCUCCAAGCAAGCCGGUGCCCCCUCCUCCUGCUGCCACCGCCCACUGAGCUGCCUGGACUGCAGACGCCCUGGUCGGAGCCUCUGGGGCCAGAUGUUAUAGGGCAAGCUAAAAAUAACCGGGCAGGCCAGCCACCAUCGAGGAAGGGGCAUGUGCUGGACGCGGACACAUGAUCCGAGGGACUCUGCUGGGUGGAACUAAAAGUCCAGCAGGCUGUUCACGCUCCUGUCCCCACUCGCAGGCCCACACGGUGAGGGGCCCCUCUUCUGUGUGCGUCUGGAAGGUUGCUGCCCGGUGAGGAAAUGCCUUUAACCAGCGUGGGGCCGGGCAGCUGCAGGAGGCAGAUCAUCCAGGCUCUGUGCCUCUUGCUACUUCUGCUCCACGCCGGCUCUGCCAAGAAUAUCUGGAAACGGGCAUUGCCUGCGAGGCUGGCCGAGAAAUCCCGUACCGAGGAGGCGGGCGCGCCCGGCGGCUCCCGGCAGCCCCGAGCCGACCGCUGCCCGCCGCCCCCGCGGACGAUGCCCCCCGGCGCCUGCCAGGCCGUGCGCUGCCAGGCUGACUCGGAGUGCCCGCGGCACCGGCGCUGCUGCUACAACGGAUGUGCCUACGCCUGCCUGGAGGCCGUGCCGCCCCCGCCAGUCUUAGACUGGCUGGUGCAGCCGAAACCUCGAUGGCUUGGUGGCAAUGGCUGGCUCCUGGAUGGCCCUGAGGAGGUGUUGCAAGCAGAGGCAUGCAGCACCACGGAGGAUGGGGCCGAACCGCUGCUCUGUCCCUCGGGCUAUGAGUGCCACAUCCUGAGCCCAGGUGACGUGGCCGAAGGCAUCCCCAACCGUGGGCAGUGCGUCAAGCAGCGCCGACAAGCAGAUAAAGUGAUGAGAAUCCUGGAAUCCUGAACUUUGAAGAAAUUAUCUACAAAAGGCUUUGAAAUAAAGAGAUGCCUUUUUGGUUUCCUCUACGUCCCACUUGCUAUUUGCAGGACUUUGUUUGGGGUUAUAGGGUGGCUUCUCCAGCCAGAUAGCCUGGGCUCCCACAGCUACUCAGCCCCUUACUGCUGUGGGCAGCAAAUAACAUAACCUUUUCAGGCCUCAUUUGCCUUAUCUGUAAAAUGGGUUCAUAAUACUUGCGGCACUUCACGGAGCUCUUUGAGGAGUGAGUUAAUCUGUGUAGAGUGUCCAUCACUUCACAAGCACAGAACACAACCUUCACUGUUUCCUCACUGCUUGUCUCUAUCCACUCGAUCCCGCCGUGGGUGGGUGGGGUGUGUGGUCCUUUGAAUGUGAAACCCCAGGGGCCUGCCAGCCUGUCUGAGGCUGCUGAAGCGUGGAAGGGAUAGCCUUUUCCAAAAGAGAGCUGUGGGGUGAUCUACAAGUUCGUUGGACUAUGCCACCAUUUUAAUACUGACAGCAUAAUAGGAAUGCCUUGGGCACUUGUCUUUUUCAUCCCCUGAUCUUUUCAUUCAGCCCUGUGAUGUCUAAGACCAAGGUCAAACCAAGUCAAACUAGUUCUUAAGGGUUCAAACCAAUUCAAAAAAUUCCCAUUUCAAGACAGAGCUAACUAGGCAAAGAGAGCCAGUCGUUCACUGAUGACCACACCAAUGAUGCCUGCUGUUAACACGCACCUUUGGAGUGCUCUCUUUACAUUAAACUUUGCUGCAAGCCUGCAAAAGGAGAAGUAGAACCAGGAGGCAGUGUUGCAUAGGUUUCAGAGUGCAGGCUGAGAACCACAAACAGAAAUCCAAAGCUUGUAACUUUCUUCCUCCAUGGCCUUGAGCAGGUCACCCAACCUUUCUUAGCCUCAGUUCCUUCAUCCGUAAAAUAGAGAUGGCGAUGGUAACCAUAGUGACAACUUCAUGGGGUAGUUGUGGGGCUUGAGUGAGAGAAAACACCUAUGAAGUGUUAGAACAGCACCUGGCCCACAGUAGGUCCUCAGUGAAUGUGUGCCACCAUCAUCCCUGUCUUAGGAAAGGGAGGAUAUGAGUUCAGGAAUUUACCCAAAUGAUGCAGAGCUGGAAUUCCAAGCCUGUCUACCAGCCUCAGAGCCUGUGUGUGUGUGUGUGUGUGUGUGUGUGUGUGUGUGUGUGUGUAUGUGUGAGCUUCCCCUCGCAAAGGAAUGAUUUGAGCCUUCCAAAUAGAAAUGCAAGUGGAAUUCCCCCUAGCCUUGUUCUCAGGGGGCUGACACUUAGCAAUAAUUACUGGUAAUUUAUUGGUAAUUAUAUAUAUAUGUUUGAAAACGUUUUGAUUUCCAGCAACUUCCCUUGGAGCAAAAAUCUCAGCGGAAGAGUGGCCCCCUUGUCCCAGCCUUACCAAGGAAGAAGCUUUUUAUUUAAGGUUUCAAAAACUGCAUAUUUGAAAUAAUUUCGGACUUACAAAAAUGUUGCAAAAGUAGUACCUUGAACCCGCCACCCAGAUUCACCAGUUGUUAAAAAACUACUGUUACAUUUUCUUUUAUGCUCUCUCCCCACUUAUAAAUCUACAUGUGUAUUUUUCUGGACCAUCUGAGAGUAAGUGACAGAGCCUGUGCCCACACCUAAGAUGCCAUCCUCCCCUAAGAGAGGCUUCUAGUGGGUACCCAUAGUCCUUCAAGUUUGACCAUCCGGCAGCUGGAACCAGGCAUUUGAGGGGUGCAUGUUUUAUGCAAGAGGAAAAUGAACACUGACAUGUAUAGUAAAUCUGGUUUUUCAGAGAGUCGGGUCAGGGAAAAUCGGCGCGUUUUUCUGCGUAGGUUUGAGGUCACACAGAAGCUGAGUUGUGGGGGCUGGCCCCUCCUUGUCCUGCCCAAGACACUGCUUCAGAAGAAUGAAGUGGGGCUCAUCUAGCCUUGAGUGGGAGGAAAUUUGAGAAAAGUGAUGAGUAGUCACUUUUGGUAACAAAUUAUAAGCGAUUAUAUUUGGCCUGAGGAGGGGGUCCAGGGUCCCCAUUUACCUCUGUCUCCUUGUGGUGUUAUGGGCCAGAAUUCAUCCCCAGGUAAAGGGGGAGCAGGAAAGUUUCCGGGAGCUCC